AUGAAAAUCACUGCUCAACUCUACUUGCUCUUUGCAGUCCCAGCGUCUUCAUUCUAUUUCAGCUGGUCUUUCUCUUCCAUUUUUGAUCCGCCGUUCCAGGAUCCUAUCUCACUUUCCAACAUAUCUUCAAGCAAGAAAGAAGAAAACAUCCUACUUAAGAGAGAUGGGAAUUGUCCCAUUAACUACAAUUCAUGCUCUACCUUAGCUGCAGAAUUCGGAGGAGCCUGUUGCGAAUCUGGUUCUCUGUGUACAACAGAUGGCGCACACCGUGUCGCCUGUUGCACCAUAGGUGCUAAAUGCACGGGAAGGCUUGAUAAACCCUCCACGACAACGGAGGGCGCAUUUUUCGGUAACUCAGCCGAGGAACCGACCAACACGCCUAGCGUCACAAUCACCUCCAACGGAAUUCUUACAUCUCCAACAUCUACAGACUCGGUUGUAGUGAAUGCCUACUUCCCCUUUCCUUAUAUUCCCACAACUUAUGCAGAUCGUACUGCCUGCCUAUCCGCCUACAGUGCAUGCCAAACGAAUUACGCUGCAUGUGCAGCCAAUCUUCAGGGCUCAAACUAUGGUGUGACAAUAAUUGCACCUGCUGGCGGUAUCACCAUGUCGCCUUCGGCACAAAACCUAGGCCUAGCGAGUGCAACUAGCAUUUGCAGUAGUUUGAGCUCCCAGGCUUGCUACGGAAUUGUCAGCACUAACUGCAAUCAAUUUGGACAAAAUCACAUGGUCCCCACUGCCGCUAACAAUGUUGCCAGACAGACUAUGGGAGCCUUUGCCACCGCAGGCAUAAUCGCGGGUCUCGGGUUUGGAGUAGCAGGUCAAAUUGCCUAA